AUGUUGCGAACCACUCGAAUUCUUCCCUCCAAGUUCGGCGUUGCUGCCCGAACCCGAGCUGUGACCCAGUUCCAGCGAUGCUACAGCUCCGCAAACGAGGAGCUUGAUGUCCUUGUUAUCGGAGGUGGCCCCGGUGGAUACGUCGCCGCCAUCAAGGCCGCCCAGGCCGGCCUCAAGACCGGCUGUAUCGAGAAGCGAGGCUCCCUCGGAGGAACCUGUCUCAACGUCGGAUGUAUCCCCUCUAAGUCUCUGCUCAACAACUCCCAGAUGUACCACGCCAUCAAAACCGACUCCGCCAACCGAGGAAUCGAGGUCUCUGACGUCAAGAUGAACAUCGCCAAGCUGCAGGAGGCCAAGGAGACCUCCGUCAAGGGUCUCACCGGCGGUAUCGAGAUGCUGUUCAAGAAGAACAAGGUCAACUACUACAAGGGCGCCGGUUCUUUUGUGUCCGACUCCGAGGUCAAGGUCGACCCCAUUGAUGGCGGCGAGGCCGUCACCCUCAAGGCCAAGAACAUCAUCAUUGCCACCGGCUCUGAGCCCACCCCCUUCCCCGGCAUCACCAUUGACGAGAAGAAGAUUGUUUCCUCCACUGGUGCCCUUGCCCUCGAGGCCGUCCCCAAGAAGAUGGUCAUCAUCGGAGGAGGUAUCAUUGGUCUCGAGAUGGGCUCCGUCUGGUCCCGACUCGGCUCCGAGGUGACUGUUGUCGAGUUCCAGAACGCCAUUGGCGCUGGUAUGGACGACGAGAUCGCCAAGGCCGCCCAGAAGAUGCUCACCAAGCAGGGUAUCAAGUUCAAGCUUGGCACCAAGGUGCUUUCCGGUGCCAUUGAGGGCGACGGCGUCAAGGUCGAGGUCGAGAACGUCAAGAAGGGCGACAAGGAGACCCUUGAUGCCGACGUUCUGCUCGUUGCCAUUGGCCGACGACCCUACUCCGAGGGCUUGAACCUCGAGGCUGCCGGUGUCGAGAAGGACGACAAGGGCCGAAUCAUCAUCGACCAGGAGUACCGAACCAACAAGUCCAACAUCCGAUGCAUUGGUGACGUCACUUUCGGCCCCAUGCUGGCCCACAAGGCCGAGGAGGAGGGAGUUGCUACCGCUGAGUACAUUGCCACCGGUCACGGCCACGUUAACUACGCCGCCAUCCCCUCUGUCAUGUACACCCACCCUGAGGUUGCUUGGGUUGGACAGACUGAGCAGCAGGUCAAGGAGGCCGGCAUCAAGUACAACGUCGGCAAGUUCCCCUUUGCCGCCAACUCUCGAGCCAAGACCAACCUCGACACCGAGGGUACCGUCAAGUUCAUUGCUGACAAGGAGACUGACCGAAUUCUCGGUAUCCACAUCAUUGGCCCCAACGCCGGUGAGAUGAUCGCCGAGGGUGUUCUUGCCCUUGAGUACGGUGCUUCUUGCGAGGACAUUGCUCGAACCUGCCACGCCCACCCCACUCUCUCCGAGGCUUUCAAGGAGGCCGCCAUGGCCACUUACGACAAGGCCAUCCACUUUUAA